ACAAAAGAAACAACACCAACGACUACAACAACAAAAGAAACAACACCAAUGACUACAACAACAAAAGAAACAACACCAACGCCUACCACAACAAAAGAAAUAACACCAACGACUACAACAACAAUUAAAGCAACAGUACCAACGAAAACAGAAACAACAACAAAAGAAUCAAAAUCAACGUCUACAAAAACUAAAGCAAUAACGACAACAACUCCAGCAACUGAAGAAACAAGAUCAACGACUACAGCAACUAUAGCGACAACCCCAACGACUACCAUAAAUCAAACUACUUCAUCAUCAACAACAAGUGUUCCAGUUACAAAAAGAGCAAGCAUUAAAAAUGAAGAUUCAAUUACUAAAAUCGCCUCUUAUCCAGAAAUAUCGCAAGUUUUUUUACCCAACGAUGAAACUUCUACAUCGGAAAAAGAAAUCUCAAAAUCGAUGGCAGCUAUUCAAAUAAACGCCUCGGAUCGUUUAAUUCAAGAAACACUAGCCGUAGAGAGUCUCGAUCUCGCAACUGGAACCAAAGAGAUGUUACUGGAAGCAAGACUGACAGAACCGCCAAGUAUAGAAACGACUUCUACAAGCAUGGAGGUCGAGCCGACCACAGCAGAUACAUCUUGCGGGGACUUGUUAAAGGAGUUGGCGGCUUGGAAAGCUAGUUUCAGUAACUGGCAGAUAUACAUGGAGCGAUGGACAGAGACAUUUAACGCUUUCGAAAAGCAGAGCAAGGGCAAUGGUGGCCUUUAAACCAGUGAACAUCUUAAUGCUGUAGAAUUAAGUGCAAUGUUUAUCUUAG